AAUAAAAUGGAUUUGCUAACUCCUGCUGUACAGAAUAAAUACCCGCAGUGGAUGCUUACGCCAAGCCCAGAGGGAGUUCCGGGUGACAAGAAGAAGUCAGCUGCUCAGAGGAGCGUUUUGGAGGAUGGGCUGCCCUUCCUGGAGUUCCGUGGCUCUGUGGUUUACAGCUACGAAGCCAGCGACUGUUCCCUCCUCUCAGAAGAUAUCAGGCAGGGGUUACCAGAUGGGGCUGCUGUUGGGUUUGAUGUGGAAUGGCCACCGUCGUAUACUAAAGGGAGAAUGGCCAAAAUAGCCUUAAUCCAGAUGUGUGUGACCGAGGAGAAGUGUUACUUGUUCCACAUCUCUUCCAUGUCAGGUUUCCCCAAGGGACUCAAAAGACUGCUGGAAGAUGAAACAAUUAAAAAGGUUGGCGUAGGAAUUGAGGGAGAUCAAUGGAAGCUGAUGAGUGACUUUGAAAUCAAACUGAAGAGCUUUGUGGAGCUGGCUGACGUGGCUAAUGAGAAACUGAGAUGUAAGGAGAUAUGGAGUCUAAAUGGUUUGGUAAAACACCUUUUUGGCAAGCAGCUUUUGAAGGAUAAAUCUGUCCGCUGUAGUAACUGGGAAGAUUUUCCACUCAAUGAGGAGCAAAAACUGUAUGCAGCCACAGAUGCCUAUGCUGGCUUCAUCAUUUAUCAAAAACUUAAAACCAUGAAUAACAGGGACCAGCAAUUUUGUGUGAGAAGAGGUGACGUGUUGUCAGAGGGUGUGAAGGAGCGCUUGGCUUCACUAGCUGAAGAGAUAACGGACCUGGCUUCUCGUAUCCCUGACUCUUCUGGACCGCUGGAAAACUCGCAGAGGGCUAUAGAAAUAAUAGCUGACGUAUCAGAAAAAGUACGUGCCUUGAGAAGAACGCUGUUUGGGUCACGUUCCCCUUCUGUAUUGGAGAGGAUCCGUGGUGUAACUCCAACAAAUCUUGAGGCAGAGUCAGCAAAUAUUGAAGCACAAAAAGUUCAAGUGCCUGAAUUUGCUGGACAGCUUGAAGCUGACUUCAACAUCUGCUCUGAUGCGACGCUGGCUGGCCUCUGGGAGGGAGAUAGUAAUGGAGAGGAGGCAAAGAGAGGUAGCGCUGUUGUGGAAGAUGGGGCUGCAGCAGCCAGCUCUCAGGACAAAGCAGACAGAGAUGACUUCAUGUCACUGGACAUAACAGAACAAGAACUUCAGAUGUUGGAAUAUCAGGCUGCACAAGAACUGGUGAACGAAGCUGUGCCUGAGGAGGCACAUUCCACGGACAACGAACAAAAUGUUUCCUGUGUCAUUGAAAGCGAUGAAGAACUGGAAAUGGAGAUGCUUAAAUCUUUAGAAGAUGUAGAUGAUUCCAAAGGAGCUGUAAUGGAAAGAGAGUCCAAUAAAGCCAGGAGAACUCCUGACACAGAAUUGAAUGUUGUGCUAGAUGGUGAUGAAGAUGAAGGCGUUGAGGAAGAAGAGGAGGAAUGCUUGGACCCACUGCUGCCAGUGCCUAGUGAACGACACAUCACAUGUCUGAAGACGUAUUUUGGGCAUUCUUCUUUCAAACCAGUCCAGUGGAAAGUCAUCAAUUCUGUUUUAGAAGACAGAAGAGAUAAUCUUGUUGUUAUGGCAACUGGCUAUGGAAAAAGCUUGUGCUACCAGUUUCCUCCUGUUUACACUGGAUGUACAGGAAUUGUCAUCUGUCCUCUGAUCUCCUUGAUGGAGGACCAGGUGCUGCAGCUGACGAUGUCAGGGAUUCCAGCUUGCUUGCUUGGUUCGGCUCAGUCAAAAAACAUCCAAGAAUGCAUCAAAGAGGGCCAGUACAGAGUCAUAUAUAUGACUCCAGAGUUUUGUUCGGGGAACUUGAAGUUACUUCAGAAUCUUUACCAAACUGUUGGUAUUACCCUCAUAGCUGUUGAUGAAGCUCACUGCAUUUCUGAGUGGGGCCACGACUUCAGAAAUUCCUUUAGAAGUUUAGGUGCAUUAAAGAAGGCUCUGCCGUCGGUUCCCAUUGUUGCUCUAACGGCAACUGCAAGUCCAUCGAUUAGAGAAGACGUAGUGCAUUGUUUGAACCUCAAGAAUCCCCAAGUCACAUGUACAAGUUUUGACAGACCUAACCUCUACCUAGAAGUUGGACGACAAAGUGGAAAUAUCCUUAGGGAUUUGAAGCAGUUCCUUACCAGGAAAGGAAGCAGUUCUGCGUAUGAGUUUGAAGGCCCCACCAUCAUCUACUGCCCUUCGAGAAAAGCCACCGAACAGGUGGUGUCUGAACUGAUCAAACUCCAAGUGGCCUGUGGUGCCUACCAUGCUGGUAUGGGAAUUAAACAGAGGAGAGAGACCCAUCACCAGUUCAUGAGGGAUGAAAUCCAGUGCGUUGUGGCUACGGUGGCGUUCGGAAUGGGCAUCAAUAAAGCAGAUAUCCGGCUGGUUAUUCAUUAUGGUGCCCCGAAGGAAAUGGAAUCCUAUUACCAAGAAAUUGGGAGAGCUGGUCGUGAUGGGCUUCCCGCUUCUUGCCACGUCUUGUGGGCUGUGACAGACCUGACCUUUAACAGACAUCUUCUCAGUGAGAUACGCAAUGAAAACUUCCGGCUGUACAAACUGAAGAUGUUGGCAAAAAUAGAGAAGUACCUUGUGUCAAACAACUGCAGGAGGAAGUGA